AUGAAUAACUUAAAUGACCCCCCAAAUUGGAAUAUCCGGCCCAAUUACAGAGAUGAUGGGGGUGAUGGAAGCAAAUGGAAUUAUGCCCUGUUGGUUCCCAUGUUGGGAUUGGCUGCUUUUCGUUGGAUUUGGUCUAGGGAGUCCCAAAAAGAAAUAGAAAAGGAGCGAGAAGCAUACCGUCAGAGGACGGCUGCCUUCCAGCGGGAUCUUGAAGCCAAGUACCACGCCAUGAUCUCAGAGAACCGCCGCGCCGUGGCUCAGUUAUCUUUGGAACUCGAAAAGGAACAAAACAGAACGACUAGUUAUCGAGAAGCCCUUAUCGUUCAGGGACGCAAAUUGGUGGAAGAAAAGAAGCUUUUGGAACAGGAACGGGCUCAGGUUAUGAAAGAAAAGCGACAGUUGCAGCCCUUGAGAAGUGUGUAUCUGAGCUGCCUGGAAAAGGAAGAAGCCUGGCAGAGGAGGGCCCAGAUGCUGCUGAAAGAGUUUGAAGUCGCUCUUUCAGAAAGACAGAAUAUCUACUGCAGCCUGGUCCUCCCUCGCAGCAAGCGGCUGGAAAUAGAGAAGAACUUACUGGUCCGAGCAUCUACUGACCCAGUUGCUGCUGACCUAGAAAUGGCAGCCGGCUUGACCGACAUAUUUAAGCACGAUACCUAUUGUGGUGAUGUCUGGAACACCAACAAACGCCAAAAUGGAAGACUCAUGUGGCUAUAUCUCAAAUACUGGGAACUAAUUGUCGAACUGAAAAAGUUUAAGAAAUUAGAGAAAACCAUACUAGAAGAGUAA